AUGUCCAAAGUACCACGGCUCUGUUUGCGGACGGUCAGAUCAGGAUCAGGAGGCGCUGUCAGCCUCCCGCUGCUCUCACUUCGCUUCUUCUCUGACGCUGAGCGCUACAGACAUGCAGCUGAGGAGCGUCUGCUUGGUGUGGGCUCUGCUGUGGGCCGCCGCCGCCGAAGUGUUUGUAGAGAAACAGGAAGCCGCCUCAGUGCUGCGCAGAUGGAGGAGAGCAAACAGCGGCUUUCUGGAGGAGCUGAAGCAGGGCAACCUGGAGAGGGAGUGUGUGGAGGAGAUCUGCGACUACGAGGAGGCCCGGGAGGUGUUUGAGGACGACCAGCAGACGAGGGAUUUCUGGAAGACCUACAACAAAAAGGAGCCCUGCCUGGAGAACCCCUGCCGUAACAACGCCACCUGUCUCUACCUGGGAACCAGCUAUGAAUGCCAGUGUCUGGAGGGGUUUGAAGGACGUUACUGUCAGACAGUUUUUGAAGACUCGUUGGGAUGUCUGUACCAGAACGGACACUGCGAGCACUUCUGCGACGGCUCUAAGGAAAGACGGAGGUGUUUCUGCGCUGACGGGUACCAGCUGGCGGACGACGGGAGGAAAUGUGUGGCCAAAGUGGAGUUCCCCUGUGGGAGGGUCGUCCCGCCAGACGUCGGACUCAACCAGAGUGUUCAGGUCCAGAUCCGGCUGGUGGGAUCUAGUCACUGCACCCAUGGAGACUGCCCCUGGCAGGUUCUGCUUCAGCUGGAUGGGAACAGCCACUGUGGUGGAGUCCUGGUCCACCCAGACUGGGUCAUCACCGCCGCCCACUGUGUCCACGGCAGGAACCCCCAGAACCUCACUGUGGUGGCAGGUGAAUAUAACCUGGAUCAGGGCGAUGGCACCGAGCAGAGGACGGCCGUUACCAUGGCGAUUCCCCAUGACAACUACAACCCGGCGACAGGCGACAGCGACGUGGCCCUGGUCCGGCUGAACCGGUCCGUCUCUCUGAACCGAUACGCCGUCCCCAUCUGCCUCCCGACCAAAGAGUUCGCUGAGCGGGAGCUCCUGCCGGUCCGCUACCACACCGUGUCCGGCUGGGGCAGGAGGACCUCCGGGGGCAACACCGGCACCCCCUCCACCCGCCCGCUGUCCCCCGUCCUCCGCCAGAUGUCCGUCCCCAUCAUCCAGAACUCCCAGUGUUCCCAGAAGGCCAAGUUCAACUUCACCGACAACAUGCUGUGUGCCGGGUACCUGGACGGGCACCAGGACAGCUGCCGGGGGGACGACGGCAGUCCUCUGGUGACGGAGUACAGCUCCACCCGCUUCCUGACGGGCGUGGUCGCCUGGGGGCGGGGCUGUUCUCACCCGGGGUAUUACGGGGUGUACACCAAGGUAGCAGGGUUUGUGGACUGGGUGGUGGGCACCAUGAAGAACCCGCCCAAAAUCAAGACCCCCGGGACGGGAGCCGUACUGGAGCAGAGACCAGUUUAAGAACCGCAAACGAUGCUGUCACUUUAAAAGCUGAUCAGAAAAAUAAAGUCUAAUUGUUUCAUCUGUUCUCCACAGGCAACAAAUAAAGCCUGGAAUAAACACCUCUGUGCAGUUC